CUUCGAAUGCGACCUUCUUUCACGGGAAUUCGGAAUUUGCUCGAAAUAUGAUGUUCAAACGCAAGUAAUGUUAAUUCCCAAGUUGAAGUACCUAAGUAGACGGGUGCAGAGUAUAUAAUAUGUAUAAUUAUAGUAAUAUAUAAUUAAAAUAAAGUAUUAUAGACUAAAAGUACACCUGUAAAAUCUAAUCUCUCUACAUCUUUAUAACGCUCCUAAAAUUUACAUAAUACAUUUCCUUCCAAAGGGACUUAGUUCCCUUCUCACUCAAAGCGCUCCACUUGUUAAAGUGUGCCGUGCUGUCAUAGCAACCAUGUCACGUUCUGCUUCGUUCAUCCUACGUCUCGUUUAAACGAUACUUGUAGGAGGACACUCGGUAUAAUGCAGCCUUCAAAGGACGCGUCCUACCUAGCACACAGCCUUUGAAACGAGACGCCUGUGUAACAGUCUACUUGCGAGUUUCGACAAUCUGCUCCUCGCAUAUUAGAAACCAGUCGAUUCAGAACUUUCUCCACCUGUCAAUAUAAGAUGGCAUCCAUUAAACAUAUCAACACGAAAAGGAUAGAAGGUCUGGACAAGAAUGUAUGGGUGGCCUUCACAUCAGUGGCAGCAGACUCUUCCAUUGUUAAUCUUGGUCAGGGUUACCCAGACAUUCCUCCUCCAUUCUAUGUGAAAGAAGGUCUCGCUCAGGCAGCAAUGGUUGACAGGCUGAACCAGUACACGCGUGGUUUUGGCCACCCGACGCUGGUUAAAGCCCUGUCAAAAGUAUAUGGAAAAGUGUAUGACCGUCAACUUGACCCGUUCAAAGAGAUCCUGGUAACAGUGGGUGGAUAUGGGUCUUUAUUCAGCACAAUGCAGGCUCUGGUUGAGGAGGGAGAUGAGGUUAUUAUUAUAGAACCUUUUUUUGACUGCUAUGUUCCCAUGGUGAAAAUGGCUGGGGCCAAACCUGUUUUAAUACCCUUGCGAUUGAAGUCAACUUCAACAACCACUAUAAGCAGUGCGGAUUGGGUUCUGGACCAGGAAGAACUUGCCAGUAAAUUCAACUCCAAGACCAAGGCCAUUAUCAUCAACACUCCUAAUAACCCUAUUGGAAAAAUAUUCAGUAGGAGUGAGUUGCAAGCCAUUGCAGAUCUCUGCAUCAAACAUGACACCCUAUGCUUCAGUGAUGAGGUAUAUGAAUGGCUCAUAUAUAAAGGCAAUGAGCACGUAAAGAUAGCAACCCUCCCAGGAAUGUGGGACAGAACCAUCACUAUCGGCAGUGCAGGGAAAACAUUCAGCGUGACUGGAUGGAAGUUGGGUUGGUCGAUCGGGCCUGAACACUUGAUCAAACACCUCCAGACUGUUAUGCAGAACACCCUUUAUACGUGUCCGACCCCAUUACAGGAGGCUGUUGGUCAGGGUCUUCUACGGGACUGUGAGCUAAUGGGUCAGCCUGAGUGCUACUUUUCCUCUCUAGCAAUAGAGCUGGAGGGGAAAAGAGACCGUAUGGCAGCCAUGUUGAGACAGACUGGCAUGACUCCAGUGGUUCCUGAGGGAGGAUAUUUCAUGAUAGUGGAUGUCACAGCGCUCAAUCAGGACCUGCCACAUAUGGGAGAUGAUGAAUCAUAUGACUACAAGUUUGUCAAAUGGAUGAUAAAAGAGAAGAAACUGGCUGCCAUUCCUGUAACAGCAUUUGUGGGGGAAGAUUCAGUGAAGCAGUUUGAGAAAUAUAUUCGUUUGUGCUUUAUCAAGCAAGACAGCACUUUGGAUGCAGCAGAGGCCAUUCUAAAGAACUGGAAUAAAGGCUGAUGAUUGCUGCAAAGCUGCUAAUGUUGUGAUUCUGUAAUUCAGGCUCACUGAGUUAGAAGUGUACAUGUUCUCUCAGCUUUGGUACUGCAUAAAACUAUUACAUAUUUUGUAUUGUUACUUCCUCUUACAAUCACCUCAAUUUUGGGAGCAGUGAUUUUAGAUGUUGUAUUUACAGUUUGAUGAAUUGUGCAUUAUGAAAAUAUUGGUAACGUUAUACUGGCAAUAAGGUUGUAUUUGUAAACAUUAGUAAAUGUAUGAGGUAUCAUAAACUAACAAUGAACAAUAUAUUUUUACAGCAUUUAAUCUUGGUAAAUUUGUAUAAAUAAUGCAAUUAUUCAUUGUUUAUUCAUAGUGCAGUCACUAAUGUUAAUGGAUACAACUUUUAAUUAAAAAAAAUGUACAGUGCUGUGAAAAAGUAUUUUGAUUUCUUC